GAGGCCCUUUAGUUCGUCUUCACUUUCUGCCAUAGGGGUGGUGGGUGGUGUCAUCUGCAUAUCUGAGAUUAUUGAUAUUUCUCCCGGCUAUUCUCAUGUAAAACUAAUUGAAAACUGCCAGAACUGCGGUACAACCGAGGCUGUCGGGUAGACACGUAAUCAGGUGGGAUGGGAGGAAAAGCCCUGGUGCAGGACCCCCAGGAAGGGCUAAGAAGGGAGAUUGCGUGGUGGAUGAGUGAGCCAGUCACACCACAGACCGGGCAUCCGAGGCCUGGGACCCUACCUGGAGGAGGCAGGCGUCCCUGGAAGGCUGAAGGCGUCUAGCUGCUUCCAGAAGGAGCACACAGGUGCUGGCCCCACUGGACAAGGUGGAGAGGCAGCUCACCUGGCGGCCACCUUGCCAGGCUCCCCAGCCUGAGCUGAGCAACGCCCCAGCACCACACUCCCCGCCACAGUUUGGAAGCCAGGUCCCGGGGAAAGGCUCGAUCUGGGGACACAGGUGGCCCAGGGGCCUGGCGUGAGGGCGGAUGGGUGGCGGCCGUUGUUGGCACUCAGAGCUGCAGGGGCCGCCCAGCCCCCUGACAGCAGGGGAGCCCCAUGAGCCCCACGGCCCCCCGCUCCCAGCUGAGCGGACCCUCUCCCCCACCCGUGACACGCCCCCGCCUUGCACUGGAUCCGGGACGGCCACCACGGAGAGACAUGACGCUGUCGCCUCUGAGCAGGGGCACAGAAGCCAGCACAGAGCUGUGUACAUACCUGAGCCCCACGUGCUCCCGCAGCAGCCCCAGGGCAGGAAGGAGACACGCCCUGAAGGAACAGAGCCAGCUCCGGGCUGCCCUCAGGGUGCCCACUCCUGGGAGCAGACACUCCCCCGGGCCCUCGGGGUGGGGGCCUCGGAGCAGAGAAGUCCUGCCACGCCCUGUAGAGGCUCGCUCCAGCACCUCGAUGUCGGUGGCCAGCACACCCUCGAUACAGCCUGCCCAGGGACGCUCCCACGUGAGGACACCCCUUGAAAGUCGCAACAGUGGUGAACUGCUCCGACCCAGGCUUGGUGGAAAACAUCUGUCAGUCACGAGCACCAGAGCCUCCCCCAGGGUUUUGAGUAUGGAGUGACUGUUGUAUAUCAGUGCAAGAGGGGCUCCUACCUGCUGGGAUCUUCUGCCCUCACCUGCACGGCGAACGGCCUGUGGGAUGGCUCUCUGCCCAAGCGUCUGGGUGAGUGGGGUCGUCUGGGCUCUCAUGCCGCAGAGCCCUGAACACCGCCAACACAACAUGUGUUUUGUUAAGUAUUCAAAAAGGUACUGAUUUUUUACCUGACCCCAUCACAAAUCGUAUUAGUUUUUAUGAUAUCUUUAAGAGGGCAAGGAACCCGGUCAGCUCCGCCUGGAUCCUGCUGUCCCUGUGUCCACUCGUCAGCGCUCGUUUCCUGCUUCAGCCCGGCAGGUGGGCAGAUCCAUCGGUUCACCCAGGUGCCAGCAGCCUCCAGACUGUGCCUCUCGCAACACGCUGCCUCCCUGGGGACCCAGGUUCAGAGAUACUGCAAACGGCUAUAAUGUGGAAUCUCCAUCUACCAACCCAGUAUCUGUGGCCGGAAGCGUGGAGCACUCUGGGGGCCUCAUUUGUCUCAUCAGCUCUUCCGGGACAGUCCAGUGUGAGCCUGAUAAAGACGACACAUCCUGGCUGGCACCUCCUCCUGACCCUUAGGUUUAAGCAAGAGGAAGAGCGGGGUGCUGCUCCAGGCAGAAUUACAGGUCAAGGCUCUGGCUUCCCAGAAAACAUUAUUAACAGUAUGCAGAUGAGCAGGGGCAUUUUCUUUUUCACCCACUAGCUACAUUAUUACUUUCUUUCCCUUGAAAUAGCAUAUUGUCCUUGAGUUCAAAGAGAAUCAUCUUGUGUCUUUUUAAAACAGUCUGAAAAUGAAGGAAAGGGAGUCACUUUCCUUGGUCCUUUAAAAAUCAAUCAGAAACAAAACCAUUCUUAAUAUCUUAUCUUUUUAGUAUUCAUUUUGUGUGCAUAGAGAAAAUGGGAAAUGACAAUUACAUUAUGAAUUGAAAUACUGAAAAAAUGUGAUGGUCCAUUUUAUCCCUCGUGAUUAUAGCGUUUCUCGUACAUUUGCAGAGUGGACUGGUGCCGGAGACUUUUCCUGCAAGUCAAGGCCCCUCAAAGCCCUUUGAAUAUGCCUGGAAACCUGUGUCAAAUUCUAAAUGUAACAAUACAGUUAAUGCCUGUGGAGAAAGAGAGUGAUGCCUUUCAAAAACAAAUGUACAGGCUUAUAUGACCAAUAAAAAAUAAAUCUAUAAAUGUUACAGUUCUCAGCAUAUGUUAUGUGUUCUGAUUUUCUGUGCCUUCACACAUGGGAAUUUUUCAGAGAAAUUAGUUUUAUUUUCUCCCCAAAGAUUUGCUGAGCCUCUUCCCUGGCGUCCCCGAGGCUUCCAUUACUGGUUGUGAUGAUGCCCCUGUGCCCCAGGCCUCCAGGAACCUGCUUUUCACUGAUCUUGUUUUCCCAGCUGGCGAGUUCCCACCUCUGCUGUCCUGAAC